GUAAAUUUUAGAGGCUAUGUUCGUUGUGACUGUCGCCCUGUGACACCUAGAGUUUUUUGUCAAGUGACAUUACCGAACCCAAAAUCUGCGAAAAAUGUCAGAAAUCGUGACAAGCCCUCCUAUUGCUCGUCGUUCCAAUGUAAAAAUAGCUGCAGGAGCAGUUGUCUGUGAUGAAAGUAUCCUGAAAGGGGACAUCACCAUUGGACCCAAGACUGUAGUUCACCCUCGAGCGAGUAUCAUAGCUGAGGCUGGUCCGAUUUUCAUAGGGGAAGGAAAUAUAAUCGAGGAAAUGGCUUCGAUAAUAAAUAGGUUACCACCUGGAGGAAACCCGGAUACGCUACUAGCCCAGACGAUUGGCAACUUUAACGUUUUCGAGACAGAUUCCACGUGCGAAGCAGAGAGAGUUGGGGAUAAUAAUGUAUUAGAGACAAAAGCUGUAGUAGCUCGAGGAGUUGAACUGACAAAUGGUUGUGUGAUUGGCCCUUCAUGCUCAAUUUCCGAGCCUGAGAUAGUCCCCGAAAAUACCAUCGUGUAUGGAACCAAGUGUCAACGUCGAGAAAUGAAUGACAAGCCUUAUUUUUUUCAAUGUUCCAGCCCCAGAUGGGUCAGCUGGAGUUCUUGAUAAGAGUCUUGCCGAACUAUCAUCAUUUGCGGAAACCAAAUGUCAAACCCGUGAAAGGAGAGGCCUUGGCGUAAAUUAAAUAUUUCAAAUGCUUAUUUAAUUUAAUGAAUAUUAUAAUUUAUUGAUGUGGAAAAUAAUAAAACUAGAGGAUGGCUUUUUAUACUUGAGAAGAAAAAAUA